AUGGAAAUUCUCAGUGGAGGUGCAGUGGGUUCUAUUGAAAAACUGAUAGAAAGUGCAGAAGAAGAAGUGCUUUUAGCUUCUUGCCGCUUAAUCAAGCUGUAUCCUGAGUUAGAGCACUGUGUUGGGCUACAAACCAUCCUGGGGUUUCUACCUCUUGAGAAGUUUGUCGAAGCUUGCCAAGACCCUCAAGAUGAAACGAACGAGAUGAGAGCCAAGAGUCUUCACAAGUUCUGGAAUGGUCAGAUUUCUUCUUUAUUUACUACUACAAAGGGGGUUCCAUACGAUGUGCAGGAGCUUUUGAUUGUGAAAUCGAACUUUGGUGAACUACUUUAUCAAACAAUACUUAAGGGUUUUCGUGAGGCUAGAGUGGCUAUGAAGAUAGGGUAUCAUGCAAAACCCUGGGACAUGGAAGAAGGUAGAGAGGCAAGUCUACAAGAAAUUGUGGAUAAAGUUCGGACCAUCGCUCAACGGAGGAGAGACGGAAUUCGCCGGGAAGAUUGA